AUGAUAUUCGGUAUUCUAGUUACCGUCAGGAACUUCUCACCAGCGGGAUUGAGUAGCUGGACAUACCAUUUCCCCGAAUGUGACCCGAAAGACUGGCGACGUUCCUCUUCGCACCGAUUCCGAUUCCUACCAAAUAAUCCAUCGUGCGAGUCGCAGAUUGCGCAACUGAUCGGUGUCGAGAUAGUUUUCUGGCUCAAUGCCUCGAACCUGCUUUGGAAUACGGACUUCGGGCAGAGGCAUGUGAAGUGGGUUUUUGGCCUAACCACCGCGGGUACGGGUCUGACGAUGGGACUUAUCCAAGAUCCGUCUCCAGCUCUGCUCUUGGUCAUGCCAAUUAUCCUCAGUGUCUGUUCCUCCAUCGGUUUCGUUAUCGAUGUCGGCAGAUAA